CUUACUGAGGAAAAAUAACUAAACAUGGGCAAAGGAGAUCCUAAGAAGCCGAGAGGCAAAAUGUCAUCAUAUGCAUUUUUUGUGCAAACUUGUCAGGAGGAGAAUAAGAAGAAGCACCCAGAUGCUUCAGUCAACUUCUCAGAGUUUUCUAAGACGUGCUCAGAGAGGUGGAAGACCAUAUCUGCUAGAGAGAAAGGAAAAUUUGAAGAUAUGGUGAAGGCGGACAAGGCCCGUUAUGAAAGAGAAAUGAAAACCUAUAUCCCUCCCAAAGGGGAGACAAAAAAGAAGUUCAAGGAUCUGAAUGCACCCAAGAGGACUCCUUCGGCCUUCUUCCUGUUCUGCUCUGAGUAUCGCCCAAAAAUCAAAGGAGAACAUCCUGGCCUGUCCAUUAGUGAUGUUGCAAAGAAACUGGGAGAGAUGUGGAAUAACACUGCUGCAGAUGACAAGCAGCCUUAUGAAAAGAAGGCUGUGAAGCUGAAAGAAAAAUACGAAAAGGAUAUUGCUGCAUAUCGAGCUAAAGGAAAGCCUGAUGCAGCAAAAAAGGGGGUUGUCAAGGCUGAAAAAAGCAAGAAAAAGAAGGAAGAGGAGGAAGAUGAGGAAGAUGAAGAGGAUGAGGAGGAGGAAGAAGAUGAAGAUGAUGAAGAUGAAGAAGAUGAUAAUGAUGACGAAUAAGUUGG